AGAACACACACGGACGACGUGUCCAAAAUAUUGUAGACACAAUGUAACUUCCGAUGAUAAAUAUAUGAAGAAAAGUAAGCUUUUCAUGGCAAAAUGGAGGAACAUGUUGAAGAAAAAUGUUGGUGUGUAUAGCAGACGAUAAAGUGAGAUACGGAUUGGGAGUGGAGUCCCUGCCCACCUGCAUCCUUGCGACCCUACGACUACGAGACCCACCGCCUUGAGCCUUGCCAGAAGUCAGAAUCAUGGAGAGGGACACCAUUGGCCAGUUCACCUACACCUACCUCGUCACGGUGAAUUUAUUCACGUGCGGGGUGGAGCUCUGCGUCUCCGCAGCGUUCAGCUACCUUCCUCCCAUGCUCCUUGAGACGGGCUUCUCCGAAACGUGGAUGAGUAUCAUCAUGGCGACCGGCCCCCUCUUGGCGCUUUUUGUUCUUCCUUGCGUCGGAACAACGAGCGAUCAGUGCACCAGUCGCUACGGUCGGAGGAAACCAAUCAUCUUCCUGGUCAUCCUCUGUAUUGUUUUAGCGCUGAUACUGCUACCAAAUGGAAUACUCUUGGGAGAGAGGUUGAACACCUUGAUCCCAGGGAGGCAUGUGGGUCUCGCGAUUGUCGCUUUCUCUGUCAUCCUUCUUGAUUUCGGCUCCCAGAUCGCCUUGAUGCCCAUCGAAUCUCUCCUGUCCGAUCAGAGCAAGACGGAGGAUCAGUUGAACAAGGCGUACUCAGUCUUCAACUUCAUGCUCAGUCUUGGCUCUUGCUUUGGGUACUUUGUCCUCUGCAUGGAUUGGAACAAGACAUACUUAAGUCAGGUCCUAGGUGGACAGGAGCACAUGCUUUUCGCAAUCUUGCUUAUUCUAUUUCUCGUCACUGCCAUACCUUCCCUCAUUAUUGCUAAAGAUAAGCCGCUCAGCAUCCAGACAACGGACCAACCACAAGAUGCGCAUCCUCACGGCAAACAAAACGGGAUAUCAACAACCCUCAACGGUAACCCGCCGAACAACUCACUGCUGAGCGAAGAGAUCCCCCCGAAACUUUUACCCAACACGCCUUCCUCAAUCCACCUCAGCAUGCCAGUUGUGAGAACAAUCAGCCGCCGCCCCUCUCUUCCAACUCAAAUUAUGUAUCAAAUUAUUAACAUCCCAAUAACGUUCGUCUGUGGUUUAUUUUAUUAUCUCGUUCCAAAAUCGUACAAACUGUAUCUGGCUGACACCAUACAGAGCGUGAGAACUAUGCCGGCAGUUUUGCGUAAGCUCUGCUUGGUGAACUUGUUAACUUGUAUGGCCGUGAUCGGCUUCAGGAUGUACUUCACUGAUUAUGUUGGGGAAGCGAUGUACCAUGGUAACCCGGAAUCGCCUGUGAACUCGUUGCCAAGAAAAUUAUAUGAAGAUGGAAUAAGAAUGGCGAGUGUCGGACUACUCUUCCAGAGCAUCACAUCUGCAUUGUUUUCCUUUGUACUGAACCACCUGAUCAUCUCGUACGGUCCAAUCGCGACGUAUUUCUUCGGCAUGGUGACGUUUACGCUGAUGACCGCCCUGAUGCUGGUCGUCGAAGACAUCUCCAUGACGAUGCUACUCGUAGCCUUCACGGGGUUUGCGAGUGCGACGACGAAUUCACUGCCGUUCACACUGUUGUCGGCCUACCACCAGAGGAAAGAGAUGUACUAUACGGACGUAGAGUUGCAAGACUUCAGGCUGCAUGGAAUCGGCUCCAACAUAGCCCUACUGGACAGUGCGUACGUCCUGUCCGAAGUACUGUCCUCAUUUCUGUUUGGCAUGGCAGUGGAAUUUACUGGCACGACGUCGUCGUACAUCUUCUGCUCUUGUUUGUGCGGCGUGUUCAGCUGUUACUUCAUUCUACAACUGAAGAGUUAAGUAUUGGUCUUGAGGCAGUUUUAAAGUAACUGGACACAGUUGGUAAUUGGUGAAAAUAUCGGUCGGCCCUUUGUGCUUAUUUGGUGGCAUCAACUUUUUACCAUAUUAAUAGGCCUAAGGAGCUUUGAACUUUUACACAUUUUGCAUAUAAUAGACAAUGAAGAGAACUGAAUUCAUAGUCAAGGCUAUACAAAAUUGUUCUUCCACAAAAAUGUUUGCAUUAUAAAGAAAUAUUUCAACACUGCUUCUUCCUUUUGACCCGACUCAGCUGGGCCAAUAUUCAUACACACCAAUCUGGGCGUCACAGGGUGCACAAGUGUUGAGUACCUCGCGCCACUUGCUGCGGUGUCUUCAGCGCCUAGAUUAUGCACAAAAAGACACCGCAUUGUUAUUUCUUUCAAUAGAGGGCUACCAAUUUGUUUUUCGUUGGAUUGGUGUUUAAGCGCAACAAGUACAAGGUUCACGACAAGAUUAUGCUUACCAGAGUAUGGUUACCAGCCACACUAAUAUGUCACGUGUACAAUUUGUGACUGGUAUCCUGCUCAUUUCAAGCAACUUUAUGAAAUUUGGCUCGGGGGCCAAUUUUAGUGUGCCAUGAACUCCACCUAGCAUUUCCGUGAUUGCUGUAAUUUUUAUUAAAGUGAAAUUUGACCCCCCCAAAAUGGCAAGCAUGGCAUACAGUGCAGUAUCUCCAUGUGACGUUUGGUGCAAAGGGGUUAAUCAAAACUGGACAUCUUCUGAAAAACGUAUUGUUAAAACAUUUACUAGUUAUAUUUAUUGGACAAAAACAUGGUGCAGCAUUAAAAAACCAAGUCACAAAUUGAGACAAGUUGAGAUGGGUAAAGGUCGUGAUUGUUCAUUUUACGGAAUAAUUUCUUUGAGUAGUUAAAUUUUCUUUGCAUGAGAGUUUUAUGAUACCACCAUAGCUAGGGUCGUUGGUCCAGAUCCACUCUACAUAUUAUGGUUUAAAAAAAUAAUUGUUGAAGUUUGGAUCCCUGUUGAGGGCCCUUGGUUAUUAUUUCACAAUGAUAGCUUUCACACGAGAGGACAAGUGCUAUUUCUUUUUUAACAUCAAUGUGAUUGACCCAAAGAUCCCGUUAGAUGCAGAAUGUGCAUUGUUCAAUUUAUCUGCUUGUGUGAAAGACAUUCAGCAUUGGAUGGUGGCCAAUAAACUCAAACUAAACGUGGAUAAAACGGAUUUCAUCCUAAUUUCCUCCAAAACUGCCAGUAAAGCUCUUGGUCACCUUAAGUUUACUUUUAGAAAAGCAACUAUCUCACCUGCCAAAUCUUUCAUUUGAACAUCUUGAGUUUGGACUUCUUUGUUGCAUCUUCUGUAGGCGCUUUGUAACCUUGGGAAAAAGGCGCUUCAUAUAAAUGCUGAUAUGUAUACAUGUUUAUCUUCAGGUACGCUGCAAUCAGAUUCGCAGAAUGGAGUAGUGAUAAAAACGUAUAUUGCGGGCUAAUAUCACUACCUGCGUCUUGUGUGUUCUAUGGUUACGGGCCAAGUUUGCUUGAAGAUAACUCGUGGA